ACAACUCUUCACCCAUGGCUUUGGUGAUGGAACCCAUCAGCAAGUGGACGCCCAAGCAAGUGGUGGACUGGAUGAAAGGACUCGAUGACUGCCUCCAACAGUAUAUAAAAAACUUUGAAAGGGAAAAGAUCAAUGGAGAUCAGCUUUUACACAUCACACAUCAGGAGCUGGAGGAGUUGGGUGUCACACGCAUUGGCCAUCAGGAACUUAUCUUGGAAGCAGUUGAUCUGCUCUGUGCAUUGAACUACGGAUUAGAGACUGAGAACCUCAGAACACUUUCCCACAAGCUGAAUGCUUCAGCCAAAAACUUACAGAAUUUCAUAACGGGCAGGCGGAGGAGCGGCCAUUACGAUGGCAGGGCUUCCAGAAGGUUGCCGAAUGACUUCCUUACCUCGGUGGUUGACCUCAUCGGUGCUGCCAAGAACUUAUUGGCCUGGCUAGACAGGUCUCCAUUCGUUAGUGUGACGGAAUACUCACUUCUGAAAAAUAACAUUGUUCAGCUGUGUCUGGAAUUAACAACAAUCGUGCAACAGGACUGUACAGUCUAUGAAACCGAAAAUAAGAUUCUCCAUGUGUGUAAAACAUUAUCUGGGAUCUGUGAUCACAUCAUCUCACUGUCAUCGGACUCCCUAGUGUCACAGUCUGCACACCUUGAAGUUGUCCACCUAACAAAUGUCAUGCCCAGUGAGGGCUUGGGUAUGUACAUCAAGUCAACCUACGAUGGCCUACAUGUCAUCACAGGAACUACAGAAAAUUCCCCUGCAGACCAGUGCAAGAAGAUUCAUGCAGGCGAUGAAGUGAUUCAGGUCAACCAUCAAACUGUGGUGGGCUGGCAGCUGAAGAACCUCGUCAACGCACUCAGGGAGGAUCCCAAUGGGGUGAUACUGACUUUGAAAAAACGACCACAGAACACACUCACUUCCGCUCCUGCACUGCUGAAGAAUGUGAGAUGGAAACCUUUAGCCCUGCAGCCAGUUAUUCCAACAAGUCCUACCAGUAGCUCCACAACACCAACAAGCACCAUUGGCAUGUCAUCAAAGUAUGAUAGUUCUACACUUCAUGACGUCUUUAUUCUAUCUCCCCUUUCAGGAAUCUACGGUCCCAGGGAUGAGUUGGGGAUAUUGCCUUGUGACGACAUUGGCAAGUAUGGGAUAGCCAAGUCUGGGAUUAAAGGUUCCGAAUCAUCCAGCUACUACCUGGACCAUGAAAGUGGAAAAUAUUACACAUUAAUGGAGGGAGAAGGCCUACCCAUGAGCUCUGAAUACGAAAGAGGGAGAGCAACUGGUAUCCGGAGAAGGGAGAAAACAUCUACUCAUGUUGACUUGAGCCCUGUAUCCAUGCCAACCAAAUACCGUUGGCUGGGAGAAUUGAAGGAGCACAUCACCCCAGUCUUAACCCUGCCCAGCUGGAAUUUCUACACUUCAGGAAACCUGGCAGCCAAAGGGAGGUAUAAAUUGCAUUGUGGAAGAGUUUAUGAUCUCACAUUUCAGCGAGCAGGGGAUUCUAUUGUUGGGGAGACUGAAAGGUAUGCAAGUGCUGGCAUUGACAGGGGACAAGGUGGCACAGCGAUGAGGAAGUCUUUUCAUUAUGCCUCUUUGAGAUCGAAAACCAAAAAGAAACCGAAAGGUUCUCUAACUGGUGGCAGCAGGAGGCGUAUUUCCUGCAAGGACUUAGGACAUGGAGACUGUGAAGGCUGGCUGUGGAAGAAGAAAGAUGCCAAAGGAUACUUCACUCAGAAAUGGAAGAAAUAUUGGUUUAUUCUGAAAGAAGCUUCACUCUAUUGGUACACAAAUCAAAAUGAUGAAAAGGCUGAGGGAUUCAUCAGCUUGCCAGAGUUCAGGAUAGACAGAGCUAUUGAAUGCAGACGGAAAUAUGCCUUCAAGGCUUGCCAUCCAAAAAUUAAGAGCUUCUACUUUGCAACUGACUGCUUAGAAGAAAUGAACAGGUGGAUGAACCGACUGGGAUUAGCUGCUAUCGGGUAUGCUCCUGAUGAUAAAGUGACCAGACCGGAUGAAGACUACUGGAGUGAAAGUGACCAAGAGGAUGCUAAUGAUCCUUUAACAGUAAAAGCAGAGGGCCAUUCAGCAGUGUGUGACACAUACCCUCGGACACCAUCAGUUAAUUCUUCAAGUCCCUACCCAGAACCUAAGCACGGACGUCAUUUCUCAAGUGAGUCGACAUACUCGCAUUCAUCUGCUGAGGACUCACGGCACGAUGCAUCAGGAAGCACCCAUUCAUCCGGCUGUAGGUCUUCCUACAGAGAGAGGCGGUCGUGGCAGGACCUGAUUGAAACCCCGCUAACUAGCUCAGGGUUGCACUUCCUGCAGACUGUCCCUCUGGAAACAGAUUAUAUCGCAGACAGGACAGGACUAAUGUCACCCGAGAGAAGACGGCAGGCAACAUUACCCGUUCAGAGGCGCCACAACCAUGACAGCGAUGGGCCUUUUCCAUUGGUGGAAUGUGAGCGGGGACCUGGAUCUCACAGUAGAGGAUGUAAACAACGCAGCCAGAGUCUCCCAAGGAAUAGGGAAGGAAGAAUGAAAGGGCACGCGCUCGCUCCUGGACUCGCUGAAGAGAGGUCCGAGGACGAUGAGAUCCAAUGCAUCAAGCAAAAUGGCGCAAAUAAACAAGAAAGUACAGCAGAAGACAGAAGAUCUACCGACGGGCUACAGGAGCUGUACAGGUCCCUGGAGCAGGCCAGUCUGUCUGCAAUCGGAGAGCAACGCCCUUCCACCAAACAAGAAUUCAGAAGGUCUUUUAUAAAAAGAUGUAAUGAUCCAGUUGUCAAUGAAAAGUUGCACCACAUUAGGAUGCUGAAGAGUACACUAAAGGCGAAAGAAGGAGACUUGAUGACUAUCAACCAAAUUCUCGAAGAACCCUACUUAACAUCCAAAAGAUUUAGAGAGUGGAAACGGCUGAAUCAUGAGUUUUUCUUGGACAUUUGUGGGUACAGUGCUGUUAUGAAGCCACAGAAUGGUGCAUCUGAACUGGUAUUACCAGCACCACUAUUGACACACACACACUCAUUCAUCGAAACUCAUGUGUAAACCAAUUUGUAAUUGCAGCAUACUGCCCAACAGACAGCAAUCUCUCCAUGCUAUCACAUCUUUAGCAUCUACAUUGUAUAUUUGUACAUAAUAUAUUCAGAAGUAUUCUUGUACAUAAAUUGGAUAACAGAAUAGUGUCACAGGAUGCCUAAUAUCUGCAUGAGAUCACAUCUGUAUUCUUCCCAACUUUUGUUUUUGUUUUUGUUGACCAAUACAAUGAGCAUUCAAUCUUGCAUUGAAAGAACAGGUAGUAGUGUUUAUAGAAAUUAUAAUUACACACAUACCGUACAUGUUGUAUUGAAAAAAAAGCUAAGCUUUUAGUUAACGGCACCUAUAUGUUCCAACAAUUUUAUAUUGACAACUUAACUCAUCCCAUCAAAAUGAAUAAUGCUGGUGACAAGUGGUUGAUAACAAUCUCUGGUGAACCAGAGGGGAAUGUCUUAAUCUACUCACAGUUUUAGGUGAACAUUCAUUUUUACGUAAGCAUUGAACAUACAAAUUGCUGAAUGUAUGUAAAGUAUGUAAAGUUUUGCUAGUGUAACACUGAAUGAACAAGAGUAAUUUUUGAUGUCCCUUUGAAAACAACCAGCUUUUAUUAAAAUUAUAGCUAAAAGCUGUAUAUGAAAAUGACUAAAAAUAUACAAGUAUUAAUAUUUAUAUAUGACUCCCUGCUCACGAUUUUUUAUACGAUUGCUUGUUAAAAGAAAUACGUUGACUCAAAACUGAUAUACCUGAGGCCCAGAAGCUGGUGGAUGAACUAUUGACACAUUCAAAGUGAUUCACUGAAAUGUCAUGUUCAAGUUUUGUACUGUUAUUACUUGUGUAAUAAGCUGACAGAACUUGCUUCUGGCACCCAGGGUAAUUACUGUAACUAUAUGCAAGUAGACAGAAGACUUGUUAGACCACACUGUACCUUUAAAAAAAAACACAGUAGUAAGGUUUAUCUGAAUACAUUAUUCUGUUGUCAUUUAUUGUCUUUAUUGCUUGCACUUUACCUGCACCAUUAACUGUAAGCUGAGGGGAAGGAGUGUACUGAAACUGUGAUAAUAUUCAUUUGGGUCACUUAAUGUCAACUGACUUCCUUAUCAGUGUUUAAAGACUUCCUUGAGUCUUUUGAGCCAUGCAAAUUCAAGAGUGUAAAUUUGGUACAUUUUUGAUUUGAAAUCCAUGGAUAAUAUGUAUCAGUUACUGACAGCAUUUAUGUCACCUGUUUUUACUUCCUAUGACUUGAAGGUUUUUGCCAUAUGUAGGUUUCCAUUGUAUGUUCCUCCACUGUGUGUAUACCUCACGGUACUUUGCACAUAUGUAUGAGUUGUAAGUUGCACUGCAACAAUAAAAAGAAAAAUUUAACUUUUUUUUGCAAUGCUAUUGUUAACUAUUAACAUGUGUUCUGUGCAUCAUUGGAAGCAAUUAUUCCUCAUGAUUAAAAGGUAGUCUUUUUUGAACAAGUUGUAAGCCUGAGUUGUAAAACUUUUGACUUCAUUAAAUGAAACUCUCUGUGAUACAGUA